GAACAAGGCCAAAACGUCAUUGAUGAUCAAUUUGUUGCAGGCGCGCGGUUUCAUCAGGCGGCGGCCAAGACAGGCGGAGCCAAGAGCGGACGUGACGUCGGCCGGGCGCGUGGGUUGCCAGCACACUGGGGCGAGAGGAGAGAUGGGAUCUCUUGGGACGGCUUUUUUGGGCAUGGGCUAAGGCUCGAGCCAGGAUGCGCGUGCUGGGAUCGGCAGGAAGCGAAUGCUUACUGCUCGAUGUUGCCUUCUGCUUUCGAACGGGAGGCUUGUGAGGCUGUGGUAGCUGAAGCAGAAGGCCUGAUGAAACGGGAGCCAAGUGGGGCUUGGGGAAAUGAAGUGAGCCACUUGGAGAUGCUCAACACCCUCCUCCGACGACCUCCCGAACUCCCGAACGACGGCAAGCCGGGCCUAGCGAUGGUGAUCAUAGGGGUCACGGCUCCCGGCGCGCAACCAUGGUUCAGCGACUUGACAGGUCCUCCUCUACCGAGCGAGCCACUCUCCUUUCUCCUGUCAAGCAGGCUUCACCUACUCAUACAACUUGGGGGAACCCGGUCUCUUCCUGUCCACGCCAGCAGCUGCGCCCGACCAGCUCACGCAACGGAUGCGGUUGCACCGGCUGAUCCAUCCUUCCCGCGCGAUCAAUCGGCACUCACAUCUGACAACAUCGCCGGCCCCACCGUCGGCCAAACAAGUCUGCUGGCUGGCUGUACAAGUCCGGCUUUCCAAUUUCUCUGCUUAUGCCAUACCUGCGUCCGAGCUUGCCCACCUUCAAAUAUACACGCCGGCGCCGGUACGCUCCACGAUACUUCCUCCUGCACCUGCGGCUGGCCCAAAGUUAAUCCUUACCCCGUGUCUUCCUGUCUUCUGGAACCUCGCGCCACCUCCACCUAUUCCGCUUUGGGACUACGACGCCCGCUUUGACCUUGCUGCUCCUCACCACCUGUAACAUCCUAAUCGAGGGGCGCUCUGUCAAUGGUUCGACGCUGAACAGAAACUUACUCUGAACCCCCCCCCCAUUUCUUCUUCUGUACAUCCUUUUUUCUUCUUCCGUCUCACCGCCAUGUCCACAGCGCUCUUCACCUUCCGAAUGUAUGAAAUACUCCUCUGCUCUUACUUUUGGCCAUUUCAUUUUAGCUCACACUCUCCAGUGAUGCCCCGCCCGAAGUAUGGUCCG